AUGGAACGAGUCGUCGUUGUCGGAGCAGGUCUUUACGGUCUCAUCGCAGCGAAAACGUAUCUACAAAUCGCUGGGGAAUACGACGACGAAAGCACAGCCAGAAGCACCGAUAAACUACCCGAAGUUCCGCUGUGUUUUACUGAGAGCAUCGAUGCUUCCCCAGCAGAGUCCUCCGAAAGUCGCCUUCUUGUGAUCGACUCUGCCUCAGAUAUUGGGGGCACUUGGGCUGAGGAGCGCCUUUACCCAAACUUGUUGAGUCAGAACUCAUAUGGCCUUUAUGAAUUCAGUGACCUACCUCUUUCCGAAGUUGUUCCAGAGGAACAUGCGGAUGACACACAAAAUCAGUUCAUUGCAGGCUGGAAGAUCAACCGCUAUCUCCGUGCAUGGGCUGAGAAAUGGCAGCUCGAGAAACACAUACGAUUGAAUUGGACGGUCGACCACAUCAGCCGUCUAGAAACUAAAGAGUGGAAGCUCAACAUCAGUGUGUCCACGUCCCCGGGUCGGCGCAUAACAAUAUUAUGUGACAAAUUGGUCUUAGCUACAGGACUGACCUCGGUACCGCAUAUGCCCAACACAAAGGAGUCAUCAAUGGCCUCUGAUAACCCUGCUCCAGUCAUCCAUGCCAAGGAUGUUGGAGAGUGGGCUCGAGAACACCUGGGAUACGAGCCACUUAAAGCACCUGAGUCCGAUGCAGUUAGCAUUCCGGCCAAAAAAUCCCCUUACCCACAACUACGAUCGGUUGUUGUUUAUGGUGGUGCGAAAUCUUCCUUUGAUCUGGUACAUUUCUUUGCGACUCUACACCGCAACGACUCAAAACUGCACCUCAAGUCUAGACAAGAAAGUCCCGUCCAAGUAAACUGGAUCAUCCGUGAUAGAGGUGCAGGCCCUGCGUGGAUGGUGCCGCCGAUGUCUACUCUCCCAAAUGGCGACACAGUUGCAAGUGAUGAGGCUGCCAGUUCCCGAUUGCUCUCCUAUCUCACCCCGUGUUGCUACGAGACUCCGAAACGUCUAUCUUUCGGAUCCGCCGGUAAUCUUCACUGGGAGGGCUCAUGGCUAAUGCGGCUAUUCCAUGGGAACCCACUAGGCCGAUGGUGGAUUCGUUGGCUCUGGAGGUCGAUUGAUAAAGGCUUGGAGGACACGGCGCAAUAUGAUUCAGAUCCGAAGAUGGCAAAGCUUCGGCCAGAGAACAGUGUUAUCUCGUGCGCAUCCGGUAUUGGUAUCGCAAACCAAGGAGAUCUCUGGGAAGCAAUUAGAUUACCCCAUGUCAACGUGUACCGAUCAGCAAUCACGGAAAUUGUCGCUACCAGCCCAGACAAAACCACAGAUUCAUCCACAAAAGCCUCAGUACACUUGGCAGACAGCAAUUGCAUUGAUGAAGUGGAUCUAGUUAUCCACGCGACCGGAUAUAAACCAAUAGUCCCGAUUCGGUUUGAACCUGCAAGUCUCCGUCUAGAACUGGGGCUAUCGGCUCUGAUAGACUCGGCGGGCAAUGGUUAUGGCAAGGAUCGCGAAAUUCCAGAGGAAACACCGGAGAGAAUCAAUGGACCACUGGAAUCAACCAUACAGGAUCGAAUUCAACGCUGGGAGGAUAUAGAUCGACGUUCUGAGGUAAUGGUCAGGAAAAAUUUGAAUGCGACAAGAUGUGCUCUCACAGAUAGGAGUCCUCCCUCAUGGGCUGAAUCUCACAAGCUGGUGCCGUAUCGCCUAUUCCGCCGGAUGGUUGCACCUGAACUCGUCGCACAAGGUGACCGCUCCCUUGCAACACUCGGUGUUAUUUUAUCAUCAACUAUUGCUGUUGUUGCAGAGGUUCAAGCUCUUUGGGUAGCAGCGUUCUUGACGAGAGGGCUCGACUCCCCUAUAGACAUCACGUCAACCCCAGACCAAGCUCUCUCGCUUAGAGAUAUUUCCCCGGAAGCUAUGGAGAAUUCUAUCUCGGAGGAUGUGGUGCUGGGAUCAUUGACGGGGACUGGCCUUGAAGUUGAGGCCAUUCAGUACAACGACAUGCUCCUGCGCGAUUUGGGAUUGAAUCCGCACCGACUCGGGGGUGGGUACUACAAGGAGCUGACAGGGGUGUAUAGGCCUUCGGUGUAUGCUGGAAUUGUGAACGAGUGGAGAAAGAGUCGAGGUUUGGCACAGAAAAAACCGUAG